UGCUUUGCGCACUUGUAGGUUUUGCUUUCAAAGGGCUUGUCUCGACUGGAGACAAAAUAUGUCGUUCGAUCUGUGUGUCGGUUAUUCUACUUAAUAAUUGUUUUUUAAAAAUAAUAUCUAUAUGGUUUCCGGAGAAUUCUUGGCGAAGAUGAGGCAGAAAACGCUGGGUUCUGUCGUGGGUUUGCUUUGCACUGGGACCUGUUUGGCGCAGGGCAAGGAGUUCUGUUUCGGGGUGAACAAUGAGAAGUACAGAUGUGAGAUGGGCUACUGUUGCGGCGAGACGGAGUGCUGCACGUACUACUACGAGCUGUGGUGGUUCUGGCUGGUCUGGACUCUUAUCAUCAUGCUGAGCUGCUUUUGUGCAUACAGACACCGGCGUGUUAAGAUGCGCUUGCAGCAGGAACAGAGGCAGAGAGAAAUUAGCCUCAUGGCCUAUCAGGGAGCCUCCAGCUCUUUCAUCCCUCCACCACCCCUCAACCUGCGCUUCUGGACAGACUGCAAACUCCCUGACUAUGAGGAAGUAGUAGGUCACCCUCCCACCCCUCCUCCACCAUACUCUGAAAAUCCUCCAGAAAACCCAACCUGCGCACAGCCGGCUGUCAGUAGCUCAGCGUCAGCCGUGGUGUUGGAGGCUGCUGAAAACGAGAACGCUGCUUGUGAACCACAGGAACAGAACCUCGCAGCAGCCGCGGCCGAAUCAGAAUGCACAGAUCACGAAGAGCGGGACAUCCCUCCGGAGGAGGAGCUGAACACCAGACGGAGACACGUGACUGGCGACUCGGGUAUCGAGAUGUGCGUGUGCCAGCUGGACACAGAUGAGUGCGCCGGGAUGGAGGAGGAUGAGGGCAGGAUGUGUCAGGUGCCCAGUGGAAGCUGCUGCUCGGAGAGGCAGGCUCUCAGACCCAAAGAGAUCUCUCCCUCACCAACAUCCAAUGGAGAUCAUGUCGUGUGACUGACAUGACGCAAAACCUUGCCUGAAGUUAAAGAGCCUUUGGCUUUGUUGUGGUUAGUUUUUUGGGUUUUUUUCCGGCAUGUUUUGCCAUUCAAAUAACAAUAUAUAUAAAAAAAAAAAAACAAGGCCUUUGCUCUUAUGUUAACAAAUAACAAUAACAAAUUUAGUUUUUUCUAGAGGGGAUUUUUUUUGUAUUUAGUGGGUUGAAGCGCUCUUGUUUUGCCAUAUGUUUCUGAGAAAAAAAAGUGAGAAGAAAGAUCGAGCCGUGCUUUGAAGCUUCUUAAUGUUUCAGUUAACCAAAUAUCUCACUCGUCUUCGUGGCCUGAAACGGGGACAUUCCCCUCUCCCCUCCUUCUGUGCGACAUUUCAGUUCAGCCAUGGCGUCACUUUCCUUGCACUGAGGCUGGAAAAAACUGCCUGCACACGUUGUUUUUCACAAGGCUCUGCUACAGAUAUUGCAGCAGUGGGCCUGACAUCAGCUAAGCUUCAUCCCUCAGGACAGAGCUACAUGCUGAGGAUCAGAUAACCGUAAGAACAUCUUUUGCAGGAGAGCACCAGAAAGACACGAUUACACACUGUGCUUUGCAUACAUGAUACAGCAUGUCCACAUUGGUUCUGAAAUUUGAAGAUGACACAGCGUCAUUUUCCCCCUUUUUUUAUAACUCUUCCAUAAGUUAAAUAAUAAUGAGAAUGCACAUGGUAUUGCUCGUCAUUCAGCAUUGAAGAUUUUGCCUUAUUGUGGAAAUGAGAUGAAAAUACGUAGGUCUCUUUAAUCAGGCUGCUUUCACACUAUGGGUUGUUUGCUCUUCUGUUACAAUGGGGCAGAGCAUUAGGCUUUUGACUCUAAAUUCUUUAAAAGUUAAAUUAAGUACUUUUGGAUUAUUUUUACUUAUUUUUACUUAACUUCUAAAAGUUACAAAACGACAUCCAGACUAAAUUUUCACCAGCAUUCUGUCUGUUUGGUUAUUGUUUUUCUUUUUUCCGUUCUCGCCUAUUUAACCUGCAGCCUAAACUUUCCUGUUUUGCUUUCAAAUCAGCGCUGCAAGUGAAAUCAUAAAAUACAAAACAUGCCCCGUCUAGUGUAAAAGCAGCCUAAAAUUAAAGUUCUCAAAUGAAAAUUUUGUCAAAUCAUUUCUUCCCAAGUUCGGGUCUGAAGCCAGCAUAUGUGAUGAAGAACAUGUUGACUGCUGCUCCUGUUUGUUUAGGAGUCAUACUGCCAUCUUCUUUUUUAGCUCCCUUGGACCAUAUGCCUGUAAAGUUAACAUCUGUUUAAAAAAACUACAAAAAAAGAACCAUUAGCAUCUGCCUUUUUGCAGAUUUAAAUAUAAUAAAAAAUAAAAAUCCAAGGGGUUUAAUAACAUCUAAUAACAAGGAUUUUUUUUAUCCUGAUAAGAAAUGGCAUAUGUUGUGUUUCCAGAAACUGUGGAAAAGUGGAUUGAUUAUUUUUCAAUACAUCAGCGUCAACCUUUUAACAUGGGCACGGAUUUUGUAAGUGCCACUUGAGAAGGGAUUCUCGCAUUUUUAUACCAUGUUUGUAAUGUAUAAAACAACUAAGUUGCUUUAAAGGAGUACUUCAGCUUAUUUUUCAUCUUUUUACCAAAUUUGUAGCGUGUGUGCGAUUAAAACAAACAACACCCGGGGGAGAGGAGGAAACCUGUUUAUACCAAACUUACUUUUAAUGGCGAGCUAAGGGUGGUUGUUGUGUUCCAUUAAUAAAAGUGUAAAAUUGUUAAUAAAUGUGCAUAUUUCCUUCAGCAAAAAGGCAAAAAAUAAUUUUAUGUACUUUUCAAGCUUAAUUUGCGAUCACAACGCAUUUUAGGUUUUGCGCAACAGUGUUGUUCAACAGAUGAGGGCAGGGUCCAGAGUCUCUCUCUGAACAAUUUAAAUGAAAGUUACUUAUGUCGUUGGAUCACACCUGAUUUUGCCAGAAUUUUUUUUUCUUCUGUUGCUUGAGACACACCUGGAAAUAUUUUUUGUUGUUGGCACCUAUGACGUUAUUUAUCAAUCGCUGUUUUGUGUAAGCAGAUUUUAAGUUUUGUAUAAACUGGUUUUGCGUUCUUUUCUCAGUAUAGGGGAAGCGGUUAAAAAUCUUUUCCACAGUAAUUUUAAUAGCACAGACACUGCAGAUGCAGAUGGCUACAUGAGUAUGUGUGAGAUGGAGAAAUUACAUGUCGCCCAUAUGAAAUGUGAUUCUGUUCUCUCCCAUAUUUCAGGAAAUACAGAUAGCUGUAUUCAUGUGUUUUGUUUUUUUUUGUUUUUUUUUGUUUAUGUAUUUUUUAUAAAUGCACCUCUGGGUCCGAGUACAUUCUUUCAGUUUUCUACGUAAAAGCUCUGGGCCUCAUUUAUCGAUCUUUUAGCGAGGUUGCUUUGUUUUCAUAAGCCAAACCGAACUAAAACCACUUACCAAAUUUGCGGGAGUUUAUUUAAGUGAUGCUGAGUUGAUAAACGCUGGUUGUAAAUUACUCUUCCAGUAACGCAGUUUAGCCAAUGUGGCGAUCCAGCUGCUUGCGCACUCUUCUAUAAAUGCUAUUUUGAACAACUUGCUAACUCAGUUUAUUCAUAUCCACUUUGAUAGCUAAGGCCUAACGAAGUAGUGUGAACCACUUGAUAUUUUAGCAGCCGCGCGUGUGCUUUUUUUUUUUUUUGUUUGUUUCUUUGCACUUUAGAAGACUCGCCAACAUCAGCGAUCCUGUGAAACACAUAAAAAACAAAAUGUUGGCGCGUGAAAAAAUCAGAGCAGGAUAAAGCUCAGCUCUUAGGCCUCCUUCGUCUUCAAUCCACUUUCAGCUUCCCUACUUGAGUGCACUGAUCGUCUGUUAUUAGCACUUGGUCGGAUAAGCCGAGCCGUUUGGGAGGCUCGGUUGCGUUAAAUCGUAUGAUUUUGCGUAGUUUUGUGUGUAUUCAUAACCUGCGAAGAUAAAGUCUACUACCGUGGUGCGGAAUCAAGUCGGAAUAACGAAACUGCUUUGCUAGGUGACUGUAAUGUUAGUCAGAAGCAUGCACGUAUGCCGGAGCAUUCGGCAGGUGAACUGGUGCUGCUGCUUCAUUGUUGUAAUGAAAAAAACUUGUGUCUUUCCGAUUUUAAUCUACUCAAGUUAUGUUUUUGGGUUGUUGUUUUUUUGUUUUUGUUUUUUUUAAUGUGGCUGCGCUUUAAAAUGCUUUUUGGAAGAUUCCACAUUAGGUUAAGAGCCUGAGAGGUGUAGAUAUUAGAUUGAAAAAGUUUUCCUUUCAUAUUUUAGUUAUAGUUAAGGUUUUCAGGAUUUCAAAGUGAAAACGUGAAGGUGCUUUAUGUGUGCUUUCAGGACUGUAGAUAUAUUUUCCAUUUUUCCAUGUUUGUGAGAUAUGACUGCUAAUUUUUGCCAGGUAGAAAAGAAUAUAAUUGCACAGCAUUCGUCGCCAUUGUUUUUGGCAGCAGCAGUAUGUACAUUUUUUUUUAUUAUUAUUUAAAAUAUUAGACAUUGAUUUAAUAAUCUAAAAGAUACAAAAUGUUGACAGGAUUGGUCUUUGCAACACAAUGGACUUUUUUAUUUAAAAGAAGUGUUUUAAUUAGCUAGCUUUGUAGGUAGCUUUGUAGGCUGGAUUCCUAUCCAACAUACAGUAUAUAGCUGUUCAAAUUAUGUCUCAUUAGGAGAACCUGCGCAGUACACGUCUGCGCACUAUCUAGCAAGAAUUCCUCUUCAGUUUGCACCAUUACUUCCAUUGCCUGUGUGUAUAGAUGGUGGAACCAUGUGAUUAAUGUUUGGAGAUUAAAUCAAAAGUUCACUGCUGUUUCUGAAGAACUAUUCAUAUGAUCUGGCAGUUGGGAAAAUCUUAAAAUUUUACAAAUAGAUCGACCUGCGUGUGUUAUUGAAGUCAGGGUUUUUUUUUUUUUUGUCUUAAAAUUCAAAAUCCAAUUUGAGAAUUAAAAACGUUUGACAACUUUUGCAACAAGCCAACUUGUCAGAAUUUAGAAAAAAAAAAGAUUGAGAAGUCCAAACUUGAAGAUAAGAAGUCAGUUGUUUAGCUUUUGAGAAAUAAAAAAAUUAAGAUAAGACAAAAUUGAGACAACUCGGACCUUUGAAAGAUAAACGUUAAUAUUUUAUACAAUUCUGAAUUUUGAAGUAAAAUUUUGGAACAAAUCAAAUAUUUGAGAUUAAUCACAAUCUUGAAAAUAAGGCAGAACUAAUUUUCUUUUAGGAAAGUCAUACUUUAAUAGAACAAUAAAAAAAUUUGAGCUUGUAAGACAAAGGUUUGACACAACUCUGCUGGCAAAAAUGACUGGAAAUAUUUUGUACUAGAUUUUUUUUUCCUACUUGGCGGAAUUGGGCUUCCAUAAUGGAAUGACCGUGAUAGUUUGAGAAAAGUUUGCUGAUGCAUGUGGUUGUGUAGAUGCAAAGUUGCAUGUCUCCUUCUUCUGAGUAGCAGUAGGAUCUGAAUGAGGUUCUUAGAGAAUGAAGCAUUAAGCUUCCUCAUAUAACCUGUGGCAACUUAUGUCGAAACAGUAAGGUGUUUUUUUGUUUUGUUUUUUCCAAUAAAAAGGCAUUAGUAGGUCAUUUAGUUUUUGAUAGGUUUUAAGGAAACGAUUGUACAAUUCAAGGCCACUGUUUGCAAUGGGCGGUUGUUAAAUGGCCGCCAUGUUUCUGCCUGUGCGUGUGUGUAUAUGUAAUUAGAGAUGUGCAAUGAUGUCUUGGUUUCUCUCUCUCUGUGUACGUGUGGGAAUAUGUGUGAAUCUAUCUGGAGAUGUGUGUAAUACAGUAGGGAGAAUUGCGUAGCAUUACUGCGUCUCUCUCUCUUUCUUUCUCUCCUUGGUCGCGGUUCACCAAACAGGUUAAACGUGGCAACGGAAACCGUAGUGACGGAUCUGCAAGUGUUUUGACCAUAGGUUUAGAGCACUGAUUCUCAAAAUGCAGUCUUUCUUUUUUUUUUUUUUUCUAUUCUGUUUCUUCUUAUUAUUGUUGUUGUUGUUAUUAUUACUGAAAAAGCAUCGUCAGAAUUCCGUUGGAAGGAUUUCAGAAACAAGUAAUGGCACCUUGCAUUCUGUUGGCUGUUCGUUCAGGAACAGAAAGCAUUGUGGCCCUGACAAUAAACAAAACAAUAUUGUGUUGGAACCUGUUCAGGGAUCUGUGGACUUCAAGAAGUCCCUAAGUACAUAACCAACCCUACUAACCCUAACCUUGUAGGUUUAGAGGGAAAGUCUCGCAGCAUUUCAGGGAAGUUUGGCUUCUGGUUCUCUCUCAGCGUAUCUCUCCCAAGAAUUUAACUCUGAUAGGACUCCUUUUCAGUUUCCAUAACACAUCCGACGGGGAUGUUUACACUCAUCGUGCCUUGUUCUUCACAAUGAAGCUUUCCCGAGAAAAAAUUCCCACCUCUCUCUCUCUCUCGCCUUUAUCUUUUGUUAGUGUGUCUUCAUACCUCUGUACUGUAUCUAACUAUAGGCUAUGCACCGCAAAUAAGAAAGGUAAAAGCUCCCCAUUGGUCGUCUAUACAAGCAAUACUUUUCUCAGUUCACAUUGCACUGCAUCCAGGUAGACUUCGAAAUGAGACUUUGCUACUUCUUUUUUAGUUUUUCAUGACCGCUUUCGUACAUUUAUGUGUCUUUCAUUUUUUCAGAACGGGAGGAAAGUAGGGAAAAGAAACAGUAACAGAGCCACAUCCUGAUGCAAGCCUGUUCGAGGGCUUGUAUGAUUUUGAAGGGUCUGUUUUUGUAAAGCCAUUUUUGCUUGAUACUCUCAUCACUAGUAGGAUGGAAUUUCUGUCACACAUCCACUGACUAUUUUAGCUUCAUAAUCCAUAAUAUCAUUAAGUUCUGAUAAAAAUAAUAAAAGUACACAUUUACUUUCUUUGUUACAUAUUUGUUACUUGGAAGAAGAGCACAGAACUGUUCAUUUUCUUUGUUGCUGUCACUUAGAUCAAGCCAAAAAGAAAAAAAAAGGAUGGUGAAAUGGGGGGGUAAAAAAAAAAAGAAAAUCAUGAAAUCACUAAAGUGUGUGGAAAAAUUCUAACGCUUGGGGUUAAUAAGAAGUCGGCUGUGUACUCUUUGUAUUUUAUUUUUGUAAUAAAAUCAUACAGCACA